GGGUGUGUGUGUGGGUGGUGUGUGUGCAGCCUCUCUUUCUCUCUUUCUAUGGACUUUAAGAGCUUUACCGCUCUUUUUCUGCAGCAGGCCACUUUCUUCUUGUCCAGAGCAACAUGUGGACUCCAGCGGCAAAAGCAGACGGCAGUGAGGACAAGAACUUUUCAGAAGAGAGUUGAAUGUUUGGAUGUCUGCCGCUGGGUUCCAGGGCUGAGAUCCAUGCACUGGCAGAGUGUUGGAGCCACAGUAGGAAGCAAUCCCCCCCCCCUUUUUUUUUUUUCCCCUUUAUGUGCGUUUGCUUACGGAAAACAGCUGGGGCGCAAAUUGGGCUGAAGAUUAUUUGGAUGCAACAGCACAGAGGACAACUGGGCAAAAGUGGAGAAGGGAUCCAAAAACGCAGCGAGACAGUUGGACUGGGAAGACCGAAGUGGAAAAGUCAUGGUCUGAAGGGAAAUUUCAAAGAACAGAAACCCAGAAGAUAAAAAUAGAAGCAUCCUGUUCCAGUUGUUCACUUGACCGAGUGGCGGAAUCUCUGUCUUCCCUUUCUUCCAAACUCCUCUCUUAUACUGCCGUGAAAUGGGCCGUUUGAUUGCUAUGACCUUAGCCUACCUGGCAUACCUGUUGCCCACGGCGAUUGGCGCUCAGAAGCAGCAGCACAGAGUGCAGCACGGACCGUGCAGCUACACCUUCAUUCUCCCAGAGGUGGACAACUGCCGUCCUUUAAAGGACUACCAGUUCACUGAUGCACCGCAGAGAGACUCCCCACCUGAAGCGGAGAAUGACGCCAGCCAAUCCAAGCAACGGCAGGACCAAAGGGAAAGGCCUUCAUGGCAGGAGAGGAAGCUGGAGAGUCUGGAGAGCGCCAUGGAGAACAACACUCAGUGGUUGCAGAAGCUGGAGAACUUCAUCCAAGAAAAUGUGCGCUCCGGAAUGGAAGAAAUAAAGAGAUCUGCGGUUCACACUCAGACAGCUGCAAUGCUGGAAAUGGGAACAAACCUCCUGAGCCAAUCGGCAGAGCAGACUCGAAAACUGACCGAUGUGGAAACCCAGGUGUUAAACCAGACGAGCCGCCUGGAGAUCCAGCUGCUCGAGUAUUCGCUCUUCACAAACCGCCUUGAGAAACAUAUUCUCCUGCAGACUCAAGAGAUUUCCCGCCUCAGUGACAAAAACAGUUUCCUAGAACAAAGGCUUUUGGCGCUUGAAGCUCGAUACGGAAGGGAGCUGCAGAGUUUGCAGAGCGAAAAGGAGCAGCUUCAAGAUCUGCUGGAAAGGCAGAGUCAACUGGUUGGUCAGCUUCAGGGGGAGCUUGGAAGUUCCACGCUCAACAGCACUUUACUCCAGAGCCAGCAGGCCAUGCUCACAGACACUGUGCAGAAGCUGCUGACGAAAGUCAAUCACUGCAACGAGGUUUCCAGCAUCCCCAAGAAGGAGCCGCAUCAUUUCAGGGACUGCGCAGAAAUCCUGCGAUCUGGAGUGAAAGAGAGUGGAGUUUAUAGCAUACGCCUGCACAACUCCACCCGGGACGUUGAGGUCUUCUGCGACAUGACGACUGAAGGCGGAGGGUGGACAGUCCUGCAGCAUCGAAGAAACGGCUCUGUUGAUUUCCAUCGUGGAUGGAAGGAUUACAAAAUGGGCUUUGGAGAACCGUCAGGGGAGCACUGGCUGGGGAAUGAGAUCAUCCACAAGCUGACCAGCUCCCAGGAAUACAGCCUGCAUGUCCAGCUCAAAGACAGGGAGGGGAACGAGGCCUUCUCGCACUACGACCGCUUCUACAUAGACGGAGAGGAAAACAACUACAGCCUCCACGCCGAUGGCUUCAGUGGCACCGCCGGACGAACCAGCAGCCUCACCCACACUGGAAGCCAGUUCAGCACCAAGGACAGAGACAAUGACAGCUGCACCUGCAAGUGCGCUCAGCUCGCGUCCGGAGGAUGGUGGUUUGAGGCUUGUGGUCCAUCCAACCUGAAUGGCAUUUAUUAUCCUGCUUCCUCUAAUGUUGUCCGCUACAAUGGGAUUAAGUGGUACUAUUGGAAGGGUCCAAAUACGAUGGCUACCAUGACAACCAUGAUGGUGCGACCAGCUAAUUUUUAAAUGAUUACAUUUCUAGAAAAAAUUACAGAAAAGGAAAAAAAAAACUAAAAAAAAAAAGGUACUGAAUGUUUUGGGAACUUUUCAGCCUAAACAUUAAUAUAUGGAACUUGAAAAACUAAAGGCUGGUAGUUUUUCUAAAUAGAAUGAAAGUUUUUAAUCAAGCACAAAUAUGAAAGGAUCCCAAAUCCAGUUUCCAUGCUCAUUGUAACUAACACAAACAACCUUUGUAGGAAUCAAGAUGACUGCGUUCUGGUUUGGAAAAGGCAAAAGUGUGGUCCUUUCACAGUUUGGUUUCCACAAACCAAAGAAGUAAACACAGUUGCAUAAUUACCGUUUAUUUCAAGAAAACAACAAAAAAAGCCCAAAUCCGAAGAAAAGUCAAACUGCAUUAGGGAUAGAAAAUCAAAUCUAACUAAACAUGUGCUAGUAAUUAGAUGAAUAUAUUCAGAUGUCUAGCAGGACUAGCCAGUAUUUCUCUUCUCUCAUUUUGUUUUCUUUCCUGUAGGCUAUUUUUCAUUUAUUUGAUUGAUUUGAUUUAUUUAAGUGUCAUGCACUAAUGUGCCCAGCCCACACGGGCUUAUAUGACACUGAAAAACAGAAUACACAAUACAUAGAGAUACAUCCCCAUCACAAAAAAAA